AUGGUUACCCCAUCUACAACCUCCUUCCAAUUCCCCCCAACCUACUCCUUCCCACCCUUCUUCACCCCGCAACCAAACACCUCAACCCGCCUCUCGCAACUCCAAAAAUGGUCAUCACUAAUCCAAUCCUACUGCCGUCACCAUCGCAUUUACCGCCUCUCCCUCAUAGAAGCCGUCGAGAGCCCACUAUUCCAUAACGCCGCGCUCCGGAAACGUCUGGGUCUUAGUGAGGCAGUGGCUGUGUUGGAUUGGAUGGCCAAGGCAGAGGAAGAAGGGGGUGGGGGGAAGAGAGCAGAGUGGAUUGAUGGGGGGAGUAAGACGGUUGCGUGGGUUUGGUGGAGGAGGCCGGAGGAGUGGGCGGGGAUAUUGGCCGAUUGGGUUGAGGCAACUGGGCAGAAAAAUACGGUGCUUACGGUAUAUGAGUUAAUUGAGGGCGAAGGUACCGCUUCACAAGAAUGGCACGGAAUGGAACAGGAGGUCAUGUUUAGAUCUCUCAAUGUCCUGGUCAAGCGCGGCAAGGCUCAGGUCUUUGGCAGUGAAGGUCAGGAAGGUGUCAAGUUCUUCUAG